AUGCCUGUCGAAGAUUUAUCUGAUGAAGGCCUUCCUAAAGUGCCUAAUCUUGAUUUAGCACAAUUAAAAUUUUUAAUAACACUACAACCAAAUGAUAAAAGCUUAAAAGAAAAAUUAUUAAAUGAAAUUAAAACAAAUCAUAUGACACCAUUUUAUCUUGAAUGUAUUAAAGAUGGUGAAUUAUCAUCAGAUGAUCAACUUAUUCAAACAAUACGUCAAGUAAAUGAAGAAAAAUUAAAAGAAUUAGAUGAUAAAAUAGAAGAAAAUGAAAAAGCAUUUGGUGAAAGUGAAAUACGUGAAAGUUAUUUAGCUAAAUCACAAUAUUUAUGUUCAAUUGGUGAUCGUGAACAAGCAUUAACAUGGUUAAGAAAAACUUAUGAUAAAACAGUUGCAUUAGGACAUCGUUUAGAUUUAAUUUUUUAUCAAUUACGUUUAGGUUUAUUUUAUAUGGAUCAAGAUUUAAUUGAAAGAAAUUUAGAUAAAGCUAAAACAUUAGUUGAUGAAGGUGGAGAUUGGGAUAGACGAAAUCGUAUGAAAGUUUAUCAAGGUUUACGAGCUAUGUCUAUUCGAGAUUUUAAAUCAGCUGCUGAAUUAUUUCUUGAUACAGUAGCAACAUUUACAUCAUAUGAAUUAAUGGACUAUCAAACAUUUGUUACUUAUACUGUUAUUUGUUCUCUUGUGGCUCUUGAACGACCAAAAUUGCGUGAAAAAGUUAUUCGUGGAAGUGAAAUUUUAGAAAUUCUUCAUGGUUUACCAUUAAUUAAAGAAUAUUUAUUUUCACUUUAUGAAUGUCGUUAUGCGGAUUUUUUUCGUUGUUUAGCAACAAUUGAACAAAAUUUACUAAUUCAAGAUCGUUAUUUAGCACCACAUGCAACAUAUUAUGUACGUGAAAUGCGUAUUAUUGCAUAUAGUCAAUUAUUACAAUCAUAUUCAUCAUUAACACUCAAAGGUAUGGCACAAGCAUUUGGUUGUUCAGAAAAUUUUCUUGAUAAAGAAUUAUCAAGAUUUAUUGCUAGUGGUCGACUUAAUUGUAAAAUUGAUAAAGUACGUGGAAUUAUUGAAACAACAAGACCUGAUUCGAAAAAUUUUCUUUAUCAAGAAGUUAUUAAAAAAGGUGAUUUAUUACUUAAUCGUGUGCAAAAAUUAAGUCGUGUCAUCAACAUUUAA